AUGGUCAAGCGGAGCAGUUUGGCCUCUCGCCUCCCCGCGCAGAAAGUGAAACCCUGUGGAGAAGUCGUGCAGUUUCCUAUUCUUGAGAAUGAGGAAGGCUCGGAGGCCAUUUACUGGAAUCCCCCCUCUGCCGCAGCCCUCCCCGCGGCCUCUUCUUCUGGGGGGCACCAGAGCACCCCCUGGGUGGGGGGAUGCCCAGGCACCACUAAAGCUGGUGAAGCCAGGCAGGGCAGCACCGGAGCAUCCCCUGGGGAGGGGGGAUGCCCAGGCACCGGUGAGGCCAGGGACACCGGAGCAUCCCAGGUGGGGGGUACCAGACCCUCAGUGCUGCAUCAAUCCUCACUGACAGCAUCAUGUUCCCCCCCCCCACAGCCCACUGGCACCCGUGUGCCGAUGGAGAUCGUGCUGCUGAACAAGGUGGGCUCCGGGUUCCGUGGUGUCAUCCACCUCCUCGACUGGUUUGAGCUGCCCGACAGCUUUGUGCUGGUGCUGGAGCGUCCGGAGCCGUCACAGGAUCUCUUUGACUUCAUCACGGAGAGGGGAUCCCUGUCCGAGGAGCUGGCGCGGGGGCUUUUCCGCCAGGUGCUGGAGGCCGUGCGGCACUGCCACAGCUGCGGUGUCCUGCACCGCGACAUCAAGGACGAGAACAUCAUUGUCGACCUCUCCACCGGCGAGCUCAAGCUCAUCGACUUUGGCUCCGGCACCUUCCUCAAGGACACAGUCUACACCGAAUUUGACGGAACGCGGGUGUACAGCCCACCAGAGUGGAUCCGUUACCACCGCUACCACGGCCGUUCAGCGACGAUCUGGUCCCUGGGCGUUCUGCUCUACGACAUGGUCUGUGGGGACGUCCCCUUCGAGCAGGACGAGGACAUCAUCCAGGGUCAGCUCUUCUUCCGACGGCGGGUCUCUGUAGAGUGCCAGCACCUCAUCAAGUGGUGUUUGUCCAUGCGCCCCUCAGACAGGCCAUCUUUGGAAGACAUUUUCAACCAUUCUUGGCUGCAAGGCAUUCACCUGCCUCAGGAGACAGGAGAGAUCCACCUGCACAGUUUGAUCCAGGAGCCUGGCAAGUAACACCUCCACGCAUCUCCUGGCCAUAAGAAGCAAAGAAAACCAGACUUUUUUUUUCUUUUUUUUUUUUUUUUUUUUUUUUUCUCCUCGUGGCCAUAGCGCUGAGCAGGAAUCAUCAGAUGGGAACACGCACAUCUUGUCCUGGAGCUGGGCUGGAGACCUGGUCUUCCAAGCGCUGGUGGCCACCAUCCAACCCAGCUGUCCUGGACUCCAUCUGAAUGACCCUGUCUCAUUUGAUGUUUUGCCAGUAUUUGGGGUUUUUUUUUUUUUUUUGGUUUUGGUUCUGGUUUUGGAGUCUCCCAAGUGUCUUCCUGACCUGCUGAAUUCGGGACUGCGAGAAGACAGAGACCUUACUGCGAGAAAAGCUUCAACGGGGGAAGUCUGGGGGGGAGGGCAGGUACCGCGGCCGAAUGGCUGUCUCUUCUCCGCUGUCACCGUGCUCCAGUGCCUUCAGUUGCGAUCUGGGCUGUGCUGGAGGAAAUACUUGAAUUUUCCUACACUGCUGCUUUUCCAAGACUCGCCUGGGUAUAGAGUUCCUUUUCCCUUUUCAAAAAGAAAACAGGUCAGAAGACGCUUGGGAGCCAAGCCGGGCGAUGCCUCGCCUCCCGUGCCUCCACCCCACGUGGAUUUUCUGGGGUUCUUUGCUUCCCUGUGCCCUCACGAAUGCACAAACAAUGCAAACCAACAGAGCUGUAAAUGUGUACAAAGUUAUACAGGAGCAAAGCUUGAUGUACAGUUGUUAAUAGUGAUAACAUUUUACCUUUUUUGGUUUGUUUUUUUUUUUUUUUUUCCCUCCCAGGUUUUUUAUUUUUUUAAUUUAUUUUCAUGAAUUUGUUGUUUUUUAAAGGAAGAGUUCUAGCCGGUAGGGUAACUUAUUUAUUUAUUUAUAAUUCGCGUGGGUUUCCAACCCAUGCCUUGCUUCUACAGCUGCUGAUCCCCCGGUUUUCCAUUCGGGUCUUCCCCUCCGUGUCUGUCCUGUGUCCAUCCCCGGGUCCGUAGCGUUUCUGUCGGAUGUCUGGCGGAGGUGCGGAGCGGCUGCCUGUUCCCCAGCUGCCUGUGUACAUAGUUCUGGUUGCUGUUGUUUCCCUGCCACGUGCAGAUCUCAGUUUGCAGAUGAGUUUUGGUUUUUUUUCCCCCAUGGGUGUCUUGUCUGGGGCUGGGGAGGGGGGAGCCGGCCCGGGCUGUCCGCGCUGUCAAGUCUUUACAUGUAACCAAGUGUGUAGCCGGCGGGUUUUUUUUGUUAAUAGUUAAUAUUGUACAGGGGAAUUCAAGAAAUCUUAUUUUUUUUAUGCGGUUUUAAAUAAAAACAAACCACUUGAUGUGAUGGAGACAUCCCUUUGUUGCGGGACGGGAUGAAGGAUGCUGGGAGCAUGCUGGGUAUCGGUGACCGCUCCGUGUCUAACCCUGGGGACCGCUGGUUUGUCUCCAGCCGAGACUUAACUCCCAAGGUCCCAUCCCAGAGGUUUGCUGAGCGGCAUUAACCAGGACCAGCCAGCCGAAAGCACCAUGGGGAAGGCUGGAUCCGGCCCUUGGCGGGGUGUUUCCAGUGCCAGCUUCUCCUGGGAGAGAUCAAAGGGGUGUGGAGCCCUUUUCGUUUCCAUUCAUCCUCAGGCUGGUGCGGAGCAUGUGCUGGGGAUGGCGAGUAAACAAAGAUCAAAGCAACCUUACGAAACGCCGGAUGUUGUCAGCCAAAUUAAAUUUUGGUAAGGCAGAUCCUGUUGCUCCGGCUCUGUUGGCGCGGAGCGGGUGUUGCAUGCCGGGUGCCGGUGGGUGAAGAAAGCCGCCGGUGGGCUGUCCCCACCUCCAGCUCGGCUGCGGCAAACGCGGAGCGAGAGGAAGUCGAUCUUCGGAUUACGAGAAGUCGGUCGCUAUCAGUCAGCAGCGGUAACGCUUUGCUCAAGCUUUUACCCUCCAAACUGUCAAACCCCACUUCCCAGCUCUGCAGCGCUUCACCUUCAGGGGUGUUGUUUUUUUGGUUUAUGGUUUUUUUUUGUUUUUCUUGGGAUUUUUUUUUUAUUUUUUAUUUCAUGUGCUGAAUUUUGAAGCUCUGUUCCUGCUUGACCUCAUGGAGCACCUGCUGCUGUGUGCACGCAAGGCUGUGUCUCCGGCUCCAAGGAAAGGGGCACGUUUGCCUUUCUGCAGGUUACUUUGCAAGUCCCCUGGCCAGAUCUGAUGCAGAACAGGGUGGCCCUUUCCUUGGCCUCCCCCAGGGCUUUCUUGCUUCAAAACCCCUUGCCUGGGGUGUCCCACUUGUCCCCCACACACCCUGGGCUUGCAGUACUGCUGUGAGCUGUGGGGCUGCUGUCAGAGGGAACCAGGAGUCCUGGAGCCACAUCCCAGCCUCCAUGGGUGACCUGGUGUGCUGUGUCACGGCUGUGCCUCUGCCUUCAGCAGAAAGUGUUAACUCUGUCGGUUUGUUUGUUUUUCUUUUUUUUUUUAUUUUUUUUACUCAGCUGCAUCUUUCAUCUCCUCCUUGGGGCUGCUAGAAGCAGGAAGCGCAGCUCCAAACGCCUUCAAAGUUGAGGCCUAUUUUGAGAUGUGGUUUGUAUUUAACCUCCUCUCUUGCUUUUCCCCCGGCCCAUCCGGGAAGCUGCUCUUACACGAAAGCAAACCUCUCUUCCACGUCGCCUGCUACCGCAAAGAGUCUGAGCCCCUCGGGUGGCCACUGUCCCCCCCCUUCCGGCACCACCGAAACGCUAUCGCGGCUGUCCCGGCUGCAGGCUGAGCUUGGCCCACCCUUCCCGUAAACGCUCACUAACUGCUGCGGUGUUUCUUAGAAAACUCGCCACAGAAAGGCCGAGCAGGUCCGGCGCGGGACUGGGGUGCUGAUAGUCACUUUGUUUCCGCCUGUUGCUGAUGAUUUUGCCCCCUCUGGGCUUGUGCUGCAGGAGAGGAAUGGUGCUAUCGUGUCCCCUGGCAAGAUCCUGCUGCCUGGGUACUGUCGUGUCCUUCUGCAGCCAGUGGCAACAUCCAAGGUUUGGGUGUUGGAACAGGAUCGGUGCAUGUUUGAUCCCCCGGGCACCAGCCUUCUGGUGCAGUAAUACCUUCACCUGGCUGAGAGCUGCCAGAUUCGUGUCCCAGACCUCUGCCAGGGGGAAAAGAACCACGGUGGAUGUGGUGGGAGACUCUUAGAUGGGCAGCUGCAGCAUCAGCUGCCCAUUGCUUCCCUCCAGGACACCCAUCACCAUUGCGUCGUGGCACGGGGACUGCAUGCGGGGGCUGGAGGAGAGGAAAAACCCUUUUCACCCCUCGUUUCUCCUUGGUGGGGGGAUGUUCACUGCCUUUGAGGCCGUCAGCUGUGACAGGAGAGGACAAAGCCGCAGGAGUUACCCAGUGGGAAGUGAUUCGGAGCCAGCGUUGCUCUCCCACCUCCCUUUCACAACUUUUUCUUGCUCCCCACUGUCAGCAGGGGAAGUACCCGCAAUUCAGAAAGCAGGCAAAACAGGAGGAAGUGGGACUAGGAUGAGAUUUCAGGCUGUUGGACCUUCCAUUCUGGGAGCGCUGGAGUCCCAUGGAUGACCGAGGAUUUGCAAAGUGCCAGCACUCAUCACACCUGUGGCUUUCCUGUCCAGAUCCAUCCCCAGCUAAAGUGCUUGGCCAUGCAGAAAGGACUGGGCCAGGGGAGCCUGGAGCCACAGCAAAAGGGACGUUUCUAUUUUCCACAUCCCUUUCUGGGAAUGGAAGAUGAGCAACAGCCAAACUUCUGACAUGGCUGGAAAAACGUGGUUGAGCACGGAGGAGAAAAGCCGCCCAGGGGCCAGGCUCGCCGCUCGGACCCAAAGAGCAGAAGACUGGGAGGUGGCAUCUCGCUUCGUAUCCCCAUCUCAAGGAAAACAUCCAGCUGCCCCCGAGGCGGCGUCUGAAACCCUUUGGCCCUUCUCGGCACCCGUGAGUCACAGGAGCUAUUUUAAACACCCGCCUUAGGACGAGGUGAUUUAUCAGCAAACCAGGUGUCCCACGGCUCCAGCUCCCCAGUAAUGAAUCCUUGUGGAAGUCAGUCUCCGAACGCUUUUUGCCGAUGGCCGGUGUGGUAAUAGCAUUAUCUCCACAGGGCAUGUGGGGAAACUGAGGCACGGUGCCCCAACUCGCUGGAGAUCUUUUGUGGUGGAGCUUGGGCUUCCCUGCCCUAUCCCUCCUCAGGCUGGGAUCGGCCGCAGAGGAGCUCCCAGCUUCACACCUCCGAUGUCCCUGCGUCCCCUGGGCAGGGGGUUUUGUCCCCUAGGAACUGAGACCAAAGCCCUGCACCCCUCUUAGCAUGAAACCGGGGUGAAACACGUCCUUUCCCAGAGCUCCUCCGAAACCCGCCUGGUGCUGUGACAGCGACGGGGGGCAGGUGCUGGUUUCAGGCACCUGGGGCCCCGUUCAAGACCAAAGUCUCAUGUUUUGGGGUUUACAUCGACCUUCCCGAGAGUGGGAUCUGCGCUAAACCUGCCUCCGUGACACAUCGAAACUGCAUCGCUCGGCUCAAGAGU